AUGAUUGCUGAUGACAGUGGCGAUGAUAUUGGAGCGAGUGAGCCUACAGGAGCGGGAGGUGGUUCUAGCUCUGGCACACAACAGUACCCUCCACAUUUUUCAUCUUUGGACCUGGAUGCCAUGAGGCAGGAGGGGGUUCCUGGGCAGCCUGCUGAAUUUGGCGCUAGAGAUGCAGAAGGGUCUGCUGGUAUGACAGAGUUCCAGGUUGGUCAGCAAUUUCAGGAUAAAGAUGAGGCCCUGUUAAGUGUAAAGACUUACAGCAUCCGCCGAGGGGUACAGUACAAGGUAGUGGAGUCUGACUAUCGCCGGUAUGUGGGCAAGUGUUCUGAGUUCGAGAAUGGGUGCACAUGGUUGAUUCGGAUGAGUCUCCGGCAGCGCAAGGGCAUUUGGGAGGUCAAACGGGCUGAUGCAUCCGUCAGCAUCAAGGUGCUCCUAAAUGCCACGGCCGCACACUUUGGGUUUAGGCCGACGUACAGGAGGGUCUGGUUGGCGAAGCAGAAGGCUAUUGCCGUCAUCUAUGGUGACUGGGAUGAGUUGUACAACAAGCUCCCUAGACUGUUCUGGACGUUCCCACCGUGUAUCGAAGCAUUCCGUCAUUGCAAGCUAUUGGUGAGUAUUGAUGGCACCCAUCUAUAUGGCAAGUAUGGGGGAACGUUGCUUGUCGCGAUUGCACAGGACGGGAACUCCAACAUACUCCCAGUUGCAUUCGCACUAGUUGAGGGUGAGAAUGCUGAGUCGUGGCAUAACGGCAUCAAGGCCGCGCUUGAGGCUCCCGACGGGGGAUGGCUACCUCCAGCUGCAUACCGGGCAUUCUGUAUUCGACACGUAGCAGCAAAUUUUGCCCUCACCUUCAAGGGCAAAGGCGCACGGAGGCUUCUUGUAAAUGUUGCAUAUGCUAAAACCGAGGUCGAGUUCGAUUACUGGUUUGAUAUUCUGCGCUCUGAAGAACUGGCGAUGUGUGACUGGGCAAACCAGAUUGAGUAUUCAUUGUGGACACAGUAUUGUGAUGAGGGCCAGAGAUUCGGGCACAUGACGACGAAUAUCUCUGAGUAUGUGAACUCAAUCCUGAAGGGUGUCAGAAACCUUCCUGUGUGCUCACUGGUGAAGGCAACAUACGGAAGGUUGGCCGAACUAUUUGUCCGCAAUGGGAGAGUGGCCGAGGCCCAGCUGGGUACCGGACAACAAUUCAGUCAACAUCUGGUGAAGUGUAUCGAGGCCAAUUUGAAGAUGGUGAGGUGCUUCACCGUGACUUUGUACGACAGGGAUAACUUGGAGUACACCGUGGCAGAGACGACUCCGACUGGUUUGUUCUCACUGGGUACCUAUAGGGUCUCACUUGGAUCUUAG